CGUGGAGAAAAGUUCACUUUUUUCUCUCUCUCCAGCUGGACGUGAUCUCUGGUCAACACAAGCUGCGUUGAAGCCUAUCGGGCAAUGUUGGUUGUUGUCGGUGAUAUAGUGCCGCGUCCCGCGCAAUCCGCCUAGAAUAAAACACAUUUUCAGUCUGUUGCGGGACAGAAAGCAGCCGCGAAGAGCUCAGACAGGUCAUGGCAAAGAAGUCAACUCCAGGCUGGUUUGGAGUUUUUCUCUCUACGACGAUCAUAGCCGUUAUUGUGGGGAGUCCGGUCAGCGCUCAGCAUUUGAGGGGCCGGUUCCAUCGUCCCACCAGGACCUCUGAGCCUCUGGUGAUACCGGGCCGCAUUUCAAGGGUCUAUCUGAACCCGGAUCAGCUCAGACGGCUGCAUUUUAAGCCCACCAUCGGCUCCAUCCAGCUGUCAGAGGGCCAUAAGGCUAAAUUCAACUGCUCCAUCGACAUCCCCGAUGCCAGGCUGGAGCCCACCAUCCUCUGGAUGAAGAACGGCCUGGACCUGGCGGCAAACUCACAGGUGGUGAUCAACGAGCUCCAGACCGUCACAGACGUGGUCAUCACUCUAUUCUCCACUGUCAGCAUUAACAGAGUGCAGCGAGUGGAUGCUGGGGAGUAUCGCUGCAGACUGAACAUCAGCACCACAAUGGUAGAGUCUCGGCCCAUCACCAUUGAGGUGGAAGGUCUGCCGACAUUUAUCCAUCAACCGGAGGACAGAAAUGUAACAAGAAACACACCUUUCACAUUGUUAUGUGAUGCGGUCGGACCUCCGGACCCCGUUAGAAUCCGCUGGCUUCGCGAUGGAUUACCUUAUAGUGACUUUCAUAACUCUUCCAGCAACUACUCUGUGUCAGGUGUGGACAAGUACACUCAGUUCAGCUGCGAAGCUCACAAUCCGAAGGGUCUCACCACCUCCAGAGAAGCCAACGUCAACAUCAAAGUGCUUCCUGACCCUGUGUCUAAUGUUACUGUGAUGGAGAGGCAGUCCAAUAAGUUAAUGUUGAGCUGGAGCCCCGGAGAUGAUGGUUUCUCUCCACUGACUAAAUGCCACAUCAGGGUUAAAGAGGUGAGUCGGAGGCAAGGGGAAGUGACGACUACCAGGUACAUCAACGUCACAGUGCCGCCUUUCCAGUGCGAAGUCCCCGGGCUACAGGCGAUGACUUGGUACAACAUGAGCGUUUCGUGCAGCAAUGAGGUGGGAGCCUCUCCGGUCACCAUGUGGAUCCAGAGCAACACCACAGAGGGAGUGCCAUCAGUUUAUCCUCGAAAUGUCACCGCACAGCUGAAUGAGUCUUGGCUGGUGAUCAGGUGGAAACCUCCUCCGGAUGAUAAGAUAAAUGGCAUCCUGCGUGGUUAUGAUGUUAUUGUCAGACAUGGCACACACUUAUACAAGAGCCACAGUUACAACACCGUGGCCUUUGUAGAUGUGCAGGAAUUCAACACAACCUACAGUGUGGAGGUGGCUGCGUGCACGCAGGCAGGGAGCGGCAUGGUCAGCCCACGAGUCUGGCUGUUUGUGCCAGAGGACAAAUCAGUGGUGCCCCCAUCGUCCAGCCCUGACACCAGCGUUCCAGACUCUUUCUAUGUUGUGCUGGGCGUCAUGUGUAGCGUCUGUCUUCUGCUGUUUAUCAUCUGGGCGGGUAUCUGUGUACACAACAGGACUUCUGCAUCUUGGUUUGGGCGAGUGUUUGGAGGUGGAGAAAAGCAGCAGCCUUUUGUGCAGUACACACCCGAGAGGUCCUACAAUCGAUCAGGCAUAGGAAUCACAUUUGGGAACCUUGGUAUUAGUGAUGAACUCCAGGCCAAACUUCAGGACGUGAUGGUCAUGAGGAACUUGCUCUCCAUAGGGAAGGUUCUUGGAGAGGGUGAAUUUGGCUCCGUGAUGGAGGGACAUUUACAACGACCAGAUGGAAGAUCAGAGAAAGUUGCUGUGAAAACGAUGAAACUGGAAAGCUUCUCUCAAAGGGAGAUUGAAGAGUUCCUGAAUGAGGCAGCCUGCAUGAAGGAUUUUAACCAUCUUAAUGUCAUCAGACUGCUCGGUGUGUGCUUGGAAGUAGGCGCAGGACAUUUUCCCAAGCCGAUGGUCAUCCUGCCAUUCAUGAAAUAUGGAGAUCUUCAUAGCUUCCUGCUGCGCUCACGCCUGGGAGAAAGGCCAGUGUUCUUGCCCACUCAGACACUCCUGAAGUUCAUGGUCGACAUUGCUUUGGGUAUGGAGUAUCUCAGUGGUCGUAACUUUCUGCAUCGUGACCUGGCAGCUCGCAACUGCAUGCUGCGUGAUGACAUGACUGUGUGUGUAGCAGACUUCGGUUUAUCUAAGAAGAUCUACAGUGGAGAUUAUUACAGGCAGGGAAGAAUAGCCAAAAUGCCUGUGAAAUGGAUUGCAGUAGAGAGUCUGGCAGACAGACUUUUUACUGUAAAGAGUGAUGUGUGGGCAUUUGGCGUUACCAUGUGGGAGAUCGCUACACGAGGCAUGACGCCGUACCCCGGCAUCCAGAACCAUGAAAUCUAUGACUACCUUCUUGAAGGACAGCGACUGAAGCAGCCAGGAGACUGUUUGGAUGAGCUGUAUGAGAUCAUGUACAGCUGCUGGAGGGCCGAUCCGCUGGACCGUCCCGUCUUUACCCAACUGCGGGAAAUGUUAGAAAAGCUCACAAAAAAGCUGCCGGAGUCUUUCAGCAAGGACGACAUCAUCUAUAUCAACACCAGCUUUCCUGAAGAGGACCCCGAUGGAGGGACGCCUGCAGAACAUCCUGUGUUCAACUCGUCACCUUCCUGCAGCCAUCAAGAAUCCGUAGUCAUUGCGGACAUUCACGGGAGCAUGGAGGAUGAGGAGGAUGAUCGUUAUGUGGUGGUGAUCUCCUCUGAUCCUUCCAUGAGAUCUCCUACAGUGGACACUCCUCUUUUGUCAAGUGAUGCUUUAAGUCAAGCAAAUGGAGACACAGUUACUGACGUGACGGCGAUGGAUCACAGCUCAAGUGACACCUCUUUCCUGCUGUAAAGAUUGGUACCCAGCAGAUCAAAACUGUAAUAAAACUAUCACCAUGGUUCGUCAGUACAAAACAGUACGCCUCAUUGCACUGCGAGCACCUUGACAUUUCCUGAUGUGGACUUACUGGACAAGCAGUUCGUGCCAUACAUGGCCAGUUUACAUGUCAGUGUUAGGAAUGUUGUCCGUGUGUGUCAACAUCCAACAUGUUCAUGCAUGUGCCCUAAGCUCAAGAUACACUGAACUGUGAAAUUAUUUACUGUAUUGGAUUUUGUGUUGCAAUGUAAAUAUAGAAAUAUACAGAUUUGUAAAGUGAUCUUAUCUACUGUAAAGAAAUAUAUGAUUUGAAGAUUUA